UGUAGCGCGGCCAGACGGUCCUUUCCGCGCCGCGAGUCUGAGUUUAAUUAGCAGGAUUUUAAUCACUUUUAAUGUCACCACAGGAUUUAAACAAGCGUAACUUAAAUGUUAUAACUGGACAAUGUUGGUAGUUUUAUUUUUAAUUGUCUGAAGGUAAUUUCUCACAAGUUUUUUUUAGACGCAGCCAUCCCAAGAGACAACUUUUCAGCCUGGCGACCUUAUGUGGAUUUUACAGAAAUUAUGGACCAAACACCCGGUUUCUCCUCGGGCAAAACGCUAGUCUUUGCUUUCUGCUUCGUUAAGAUCUCUUUGGCUUUGCAGUGUGUGGAUGAUGUGAAGCCGUGCGUGAACAAUGCUACAUGUCUGACUUUCAGCAAUGGCACUGGAUACUGCAGCUGUGCACCAGGCUUCUUGGGUGAAUAUUGCCACCAUAAGGACCCUUGUCUGCCUGGAUUCUGCCAAAAUGGAGGAAACUGUUCUGUGUCCAUGUCAGCUGGAGUACCUGUGCCGGGGAACCCCACCUGCACCUGUCCUCUUGGCUACAUUGGACCACAUUGUCAAAUUCCUCAGAAUUCCACAUGCUACCCCAACAAUCCCUGUGCCAAUCGAGGUGUCUGCACACUGCUGUCCCUUGACAAGUACAGGUGCCAGUGUCCCAAGGGGUGGACAGGUCCACGGUGUGAGUAUGAGGACAGCUGUCUGUCUGCUCCCUGUGCCAACGGCGGCUUGUGCAGCUCUUUGCCUGGUGGUAGCUACACUUGUUCCUGCCCUCCUGGAUACAUGGGUCCUCGUUGCCUUAAUGACACAGAUGAAUGUGCUGCCACAUCCUCCUUAUGCCAAAACGAAGGACUGUGUAUCAACACCCCUGGCUCCUACAAGUGUAACUGUGCCCUGGGUUUUACGGGUCGACACUGUGAAAGUUCAUACGUCCCUUGCUCACCUUCACCGUGUCUAAAUGGGGGAACUUGCCACCAGACGUCUGAUUUCAGCUACUGGUGCCAUUGCCUUCCAGGUUUCAAUGGCUCAAACUGUGAGCACAACAUUGAUGACUGUCCGGGUCACCAGUGCGAGAACGGUGGAACCUGUAUGGAUGGAGUUAACACUUACAACUGCCAGUGCCCUCCAGAGUGGACUGGUCAGCAUUGUACAGAGGAUGUGGACGAGUGCCGUCUGCAGCCCAACACUUGCCAGAAUGGAGGUACCUGCAACAACAUGAUAGGCAGCUACGUCUGCGUGUGCGUCAACGGCUGGAGCGGACCCGACUGCUCUGAAAACAUCGAUGACUGUGCUUCAGCUGCCUGCAGUCCCGGCUCCACAUGCAUAGACCGUGUUGCCUCUUUCAUCUGUCUCUGCCCUGUUGGAAAGACAGGUUUGCUGUGCCAUAAGAAUGAUGCCUGUAUCAGUAACCCGUGCAGGGAGGGCUCUCAGUGUGACACCAACCCCAUCAGUGGCAUGUUCAACUGCAACUGCCCACCCGGCUACGUAGGCAGCACCUGCAACAUGGAUAGAGAUGAAUGCAGUAUUGGUACCAAUCCGUGUGAGCACGGCGGUCAGUGUGUGAACACCGAUGGCUCCUUCACCUGUAACUGUGUCCGUGGUUACGAUGGGCCGCGCUGUGAACAAGAUGUCAAUGAGUGUGCCUCACAACCAUGCCAGAACGAAGGCACUUGUCUGGAUCGCAUAGGAGAAUACAGCUGCAUCUGCAUGUCUGGAUUUGAGGGGACUCACUGUGAGAUUGAAGUGAAUGAAUGUCUCAGUUCUCCCUGUCUGAACCAGGGUAAAUGUUUGGACCAGGUCAGCCGCUUCGUCUGUGACUGCCCAGCGGGUUUCAGUGGUGAAAUGUGCCAGAUAGACAUUGAUGAGUGCUCCAGCACACCUUGUUUAAAUGGGGCCAAGUGUAUUGACCGGCCCAAUGGAUAUGAGUGUGAAUGUGCUGAAGGCUUCACUGGCCUUCUGUGUGAGGAAAACAUCAACGACUGUGUGCCAAAGCCGUGCCAUCACGGAGUGUGUAAGGACGGCAUCGCUACGUUCUCCUGUGAGUGCUACCCAGGAUACACAGGCUCCAUCUGUAAUAUUCAGGUCCAGGAGUGCCACAGCAACCCUUGUCAGAACCGAGGGCGCUGCAUUGAUCUGGUCAAUGCCUACCAGUGCAAUUGCCCCCCAGGAACGAGAGGGGUAAACUGUGAGAUUAAUGAAGAUGAUUGUGCCAGCAACCCUUGUGAGCAUGGAGAGUGCCAGGAUGGCAUUAAUGAGUAUAAAUGUGUGUGCACCCCAGGAUACACAGGUUCAAAAUGUGAUGUGGAGAUCAAUGAAUGCAACUCAAACCCAUGUAUGAGUGGGGGAACCUGCUUGGACAAAGUCAACAGUUUCGUGUGCCUGUGCCCCCCCAGCACUCACGGCCCCCUGUGCCUCUCUGGGACUGACCACUGUGCUCCACAGCCUUGUGAGCAUGGAGAAUGUGUAGAACAUCAGAACGGAUACCAUUGUGAGUGUGAAGCUGGCUGGGUAGGACAGCACUGUGAGCAGGAAAAGGAUGAGUGCCAGUCCCGCCCAUGCCAGAAUGGUGGCGUCUGUCUAGACCGACAUAAUGGCUACACCUGUCAGUGCUCAUCAGGAUUCAGAGGUGUGAACUGUGAGAAGAACAUAGAUGAAUGUGCAUCUGGGCCCUGUCUAAACCAAGGCAUUUGUAUAGAUGGGAUCAACAGUUACACAUGUCAGUGCACCCCCCCAUUCACAGGCAAACACUGUGAGGAGGAGUUGGUGCCCUGUGCUUCUCAUCCAUGUGAGAAAGGAGGUGUCUGUCGUCCGACUGCAGACUACACGUCUUACACUUGUCGCUGCCGCAGUGGUUGGCAAGGUCAGCGCUGCACUGAGGAUGUGGAUGAAUGCCGGAAGAACCCUUGCAAAAAUGGAGCCCGUUGCAUCAACAACCUGGGCAGCUAUGUUUGCAAAUGUCAACCUGGAUACAGCGGACACAACUGUCAGACAAACACUGAUGACUGCUCACCCAAUCCAUGCCUAAAUGGAGGCUCUUGUGUGGACAGUGUUGGCAGUUUCUCCUGUGAUUGUCACCCAGGUUUUGAAGGAGAGCGAUGCGAGACUGAGGUAGACGAGUGCGCCAGCCAUCCCUGCCGCAACGGUGCCAUCUGCCGCGACUAUGUCAACAGUUUUGUGUGUGAAUGCCGACCAGGCUUUGAUGGAAUCCUGUGUGAACAUAAUAUCCUGGAAUGCACUGAGAGCUCCUGCCUAAAUAAUGGGACAUGCAUCGAUGACAUCAACACGUUUUUGUGCCGGUGCCGGCCUGGUUUUCAUGGAACAUUCUGUGAGUUUGAGCUGAACGAGUGCGACUCGCAGCCCUGUAAGAAUGGAGGCACCUGCACCGAUGGCCUUGGCACCUACCGCUGCACGUGUCCUGCGGGAUUCAAUGGACAGAACUGUCAGAACUUUGUAAACCUCUGCAGCCAGGUGCGCUGUCACAAUGGGGGCUCCUGUUCUCAAACAGCAACCUCCUGGACCUGCCAUUGCACAAUGGGUUGGACAGGACUUUACUGUGAUGUCCCAAAUAUGUCUUGCCAGGAUUUUGCUGCCAGGAAUGGUCUGGCAGUAGAGAAUGUGUGUAAGAAUGCUGGACGGUGUGUCAAUGUGGGUCAUUCUCAUCAGUGCCAGUGCCAGCCAGGAUACACGGGCAGCUACUGUGAAGAUCUGGUGGAUGAGUGCCAGUCAAACCCAUGUCGUAACGGUGCCACAUGUGUGGACUAUCAGAACACAUACGAAUGCUUAUGUAAACCAGGAUUCCAGGGAGUGAACUGUGAGUAUGAUGUUGAUGAGUGCCACUCUCAGCCCUGCCACAACGGAGGAACGUGCAUUAACCUCAUCAAUCGCUUCACCUGCUCCUGCCCACCUGGAACACACGGGGUCCAGUGUGAAGUGAACGUGGAUGACUGCGCUCCCAAGCCCGGCUCUUCGGAGCCUCGCUGUUUGAAUGGGGGACAGUGUGUGGACGGUGUGGGUCGUUACACAUGCUCCUGUCCUCCAGGAUUUGUUGGAGAACAUUGUGAGGGGGAUCUCAAUGAAUGCCUGUCUGGACCUUGCCAGGCCCCCGGCAGCCUAGACUGUGUCCAGCUGGUCAAUGACUACCAGUGCCGCUGUCGCCUUGGAUAUACGGGUCGUCGCUGUGAUUCCAUGGUGGAUCUGUGCGUGUCAAAGCCGUGUCAUAAUGGAGGAUCUUGCUCAAUGAACAUGAGCUCUGUACACGGAUACACCUGCUCCUGCGUUCCUGGCUUCACUGGAUUCAACUGUGGUGAAAUAGAAGGAUACACUUGUGCCAAGCUGCGCUGUCAGAAUGGCGGGCGUUGCGUAGAGUCGUCUGUUGGACAGCUGUACUGCCAGUGCAAGCUGGGUUUCAACGGGUCGCACUGUGAGAAUGAUCAGCGGUGUCAGUGGCCCUGUCAGAACGGAGGAACGUGCAUCAAGGAGCCUUCCAACCCAUUCCAGUACAGCUGCCGCUGCCCUCUGCACUUCUCCGGGCGACUCUGUGAGAAAAAGCAGCUGGUGGUCAGCCCUCUGACCUGCCCCUACAUGCAGUGUGAGCAUCAGGCAGGAGACAAAGUGUGCGAUGUUCAGUGUAACAAUCACGAGUGCCAGUGGGACGGCGGAGACUGCUCGCUCAGCUGGCCUCAGCCGUGGGCCAACUGCACCGCCAGCGUUCCCUGCUGGGACCUCUUUAAGAACGGACGGUGUGAUAAAGAGUGUGACAACUCUGGGUGUCUCUUUGACAGCUUCGAAUGUCAGGAAAACCCACAGGCCUUCUGCAAAUAUGACAAGUACUGUGCUGACCACUAUGGGAACGGCAUCUGUGACCAGAGUUGCUACAUGCAGGCGUGCGGCUGGGACGGGCUGGACUGUUCUGGUGAAGUUCCAGCCAAUGUGGCGGUUGGCAUUCUGGUUAUUGUGGUGCGGCUGCAACCUGACGAGCUGCUGGGGGACUUGAGGGGUUUUUUACGGUCCCUGGGAGCCCUGCUGCACACCAACCUGCGGGUAAAGCUAGAUGAAAAUAAGAAGCUCAUGGUUUACCCGUACUAUGGGGAAGAGGAGGAGAUUCAGCAACAUGUAAAGAAGAGCAGAAUGAAGCGGGAGCAGGAGAGGGAGAUUAUUGGGAGUAAGGUGUUCCUGGAAAUCGAUAACCGUGAAUGCACCCAGAGCUCUGCUGACUGUUUCUCCAACACCGAUGAGGCUGCAGCCUUCAUUGCAGCCGCACACAUCAAAGCUGACCUUCCUUACCCCCUAGUGUCUGUUAAGAGUAAACCAAAUGAUCCGAUUCCUCCGAAGUUCCUGAUGUACCUGAUCGGGGUGGCUGUGGUCAUCGUUCUACUUAUCCUGGUGCUCGGCAUGCUGGCAGCCAAGAGGAAGCACAAACACGGUGUCCUCUGGGUCCCCGAAGGCUUCUUUACUAAGAAAGAUGACAAGCGGCGAGAACCUGUGGGCCAGGAUGACUUUGACAUGAAGAGUUUCAAGACACAGGAUGGAGCGCUGAUGGAUGGAGGUCACAGUCAGAGGUGGCUGGAGGGCGAGGUUCCAUCAAAGAAACCAAGAACUGAAGACAAACCGCUGCUGCCCAUUGCUAUGGACGGAGGUGUUGACCACAGGGAAUGGACCCUACAACAUCACAAGGCUGCUGACAUCAGCCUCACCCCCCCGCAGGCCGACCUGGACACAGACUGUCUAGAUGUUAAUGUAAAGGGACCUGACGGCUUCACCCCGCUGAUGCUGGCGUCACUGCGUAAUGGUGGAGGCCCAGACUGCAGCCUGCACGGAGACGAGGAGGAGGAGAGCGGAGGAGAUGAACCAGGACCGAGUGUCAUUUCAGACCUGAUUGCUCAGGGUGCAUCACUCAUGGCUCAGACAGACCGCACAGGAGAAACAGCACUGCACCUCGCCGCCCGCUAUGCCAGGGCUGAUGCUGCUAAAAGACUGCUGGAUGCUGGAGCCGAUCCCAAUGCCCAUGACAACAUGGGCAGGACGCCGCUUCACGCUGCCGUGGCUGCUGACGCUCAGGGAGUGUUCCAGAUCUUGAUCCGUAACCGUGCCACUGAAUUAGAUGCUCGUAUGAAUGAUGGCACCACUCCACUUAUCCUGGCAGCCCGCUUAGCUGUGGACGGCAUGGUGGAGGAGCUGAUCCACUGCCACGCUGACAUCAAUGCUGUGGAUGACCAUGGUAAAUCUGCUCUGCACUGGGCAGCGGCGGUGAAUAAUGUGGAGGCAACUCUUGUGCUUCUGAAGAAUGGAGCCAAUCGUGACAUGCAAGACAAUAAGGAGGAGACGCCACUGUUCCUCGCAGCCAGAGAAGGCAGCUUUGAAGCAGCUCAGGUUCUCCUCGACCACUAUUCCAAUCGGGACAUCACUGACCACUUGGAUCGGCUGCCUCGUGACACUGCACAAGAGCGCAUGCAUCAUGAUAUCGUGCGUCUGCUGGACCAGUACAAUUUAGUCCACAGUCCUCACAGCGGGCAGAACCACAUGGGUGGAGGUGGAGGAAACUCUUCUAUUGUUUGUGGAUCCAGUGGGGCCGGGUUCGCCGGCAUGCGCCCUGGACCCCAGGCGAAGAAGAGCAGGAGGGGUGGAAAUGGGCCAAAGGUUGGAGGUGUUGGUGGGGGUGCGAAGGAGCUGAAAGACCUGAAGGCCAAGCGAAGGAAGAAGCCAGCUGGAGGAGAAGGUUCAGCUGUGCCCGCUGGCGUUAGAGGGGGAGGAGGGAAUGCCAGCGGUGCCAAGGCAGCAGGAGGACUUCCAGAGAGCUCGGUCACCAUGUCACCUGUUGACUCCCUGGAGUCUCCACAUUCAUACACAGGCGAUGCCUCCGCGGUCGUCUCCACCACAGCGAGCUCCCCGCCCCUCCUCAGCAGCCCCAGCGCCAGACCUCUGCUGCCCCCUGUCAGCCACAUGCUGGGACAGCAGCAGAACUGGUUGAGCAUGACAAAGCAUGGCUACAAUAGCACGAUGUUUGGGCUGAUACCACACCAGAUGAGAGCACCCCACCCCGGCAUGGGUCAGCACCGCGGCCUGGGUCCGAUGCUCACUCCCAUGAAUGUGACCAUGAGCAGGGAGCAGCUGCCUCCCAUCGUCACCUUCCAGAUGAUGGCGCCUGGCCCCAGAGGAGGCCAACCCAUGUUGAAGCAGCCUCAGCCUGGCCAGGUGCAAGUCCAACAGCCCCAGGGCCAGAACCACAAUCAAGCUCUCUCCCAGCAGGGCCCAGGUCACCUCCACUGUCCCCAGGGUGUGAUGUACCAGAUGCAUGAGCAGAUGAGCGUGGCACAUGGCCCCCCUCACAGCCUUCCGCACUCCCACACCCUCAGCCACGGGGGAAACGAUGGUCAGUCCCGACAAGUGCCUUCCUACCCGCCCAUGCAGAGCACCGUGGAUAAGUACCCAACACCCCCCUCCCAGCACAGUUACACCACCUCAGACGGCACCACCCCCAGUCACUCUGCGCACCCACCCAGCGAGCACCCGUAUCUUACCCCUUCACCCGAAUCCCCAGACCCGUGGUCGUCCUCUUCGCCACACUCCACCUCAGACUGGUCCGACGUUACCACCAGCCCCACCCCUCUGGGGAACCCCCACCAUGCACUGCCAUCGGCCCACCGCACACACAUUCCAGAGCAGGUGCAGCUGCAGCCGGUGCAGCCGGGCUCUCAGCAGUCUGCGCUCGGAAACAUGCAGGUGUUUGCGUAGGCCGGCCAACGGAAAGUUCGUACAGACUCAUUUUGGGGAUUCUACGUAGUUAAACUACAUCGCGACUCAUCCUGGGCGUUUAUCCAGUUUCUCAUUCAGUCUUUUCUUUUCUUUAUCAUUAUUGUAAUCAGCCUCCUCCUCUUUGUAUUUUUCUUUUCCUCUUUGCACUUAAGAACACGUACAGUUUUGGAGAUGACAUGGAGUAUUAUCAGCUCGGAAUGAAAUGUUCUGAAUACCAAAAAGUGCAGCGUGGGCGUCUCUCAUUCCUUCAAUCCACCGCUCAAACAGUAGCUGUUUAUUAAGGAUCACUGAAGGAGGACUCACCCACCGGUCUGUUGGGUCACCGUGUGGCAGAUAGAAGAACAUCUGUGAUGGACACUGAGACUCAGCAGACAUUCUGUCCUUUGUUGCUUUCAUCUCUUCAUUGAAACCAUUUAACUUUUUGCAACAUGAUAGUUCACAUUCAGUUCUCACUUUUUAUGGUCAAAGAAAAACAAUCCAGCUGUUCUUUUUGCUUUUGGGGGGGGACUAUUGAAUCAACAGAGAGACUAAUGUGGAUUUGAAGAGAAGCCACAGCGAUAUGUGCCGUGUUCUACAGACAGGUGCAAACUGAUGUAGAACGUUGGUGCAGUUUCCUGUUGUGUCUGCAGACGGAGUUCAUGAAGUCCAGUUUUAUCUGCCACACAUUUUAUCAGAACUGCAUUCAUGAGUCUUAUGUUGAAAGCAGCUACAAAUGUAGAACUUUAAAAGCCAAAUCAAAGCUUGAAGUAAUGAUACACAUCUUGUUUCAGUAGGACACCUUCAGUACUCUUCAUUUAGGAGCCUGAUAAUGAUCUUAUAUCGUGUUCGUGUUCCUGCACUCCACUUUGUAAUCGUUAAAGUUUGAAUGUACUUAAACUUUCAGGACCUUCUGCUCCUUGUUCCUGAACAUAAUUUGACAAUGACGCAUUGAGCUUCAGAAGUUGCUUCCAUCUCGUAGUUAAAUACUGUUCACUCACAGGAUUUAUGUCUCUCUCUCUCUUUGUUUUCUCAGUUUUUGCUCUCUCUCAACUGACUUGUUCUGAAUGUUUUCCAAAAAUCAUAGUACCAUUUUUUUUUUCCUUCUUCAGUGUAUUUAUGUGUCUUUUGUCAUAAGCCAAGUCUGGAUACGUGCAACGAGUCCAAACUGUUUUUCUGAUGUUA